UCCGGCACGGACCGGAAGCCGCCGUUGUGCACCAAGCGGGCGGCUGCCGGAGGUGAGAGAAGCCUUGAGGCGCGGCCCGGCCCGGCCCGAUCCGGACCCGGAGCCGGCGCCGACCCCGAUGCUCGGCGCCGGGGCGAGUGCGGCGGACGUCGGCCGGAAACAGGCGGCGGGGGGCGGCGAGGGCCCGGGCCGGUGACGGCGGCGAUGUCGACGGGCCUCCGGGGCGCCGGGCUCCCGAGCUGGAAGCGCCACAUCGCGGAGGAGCUGCGGCGGCGGGACCGGCUCCAGAGGCAGGCCUUCGAGGAGAUCAUCGCUCAGUAUAAUAAGUUGCUGGAGAAAGCAGAUCUUCAGUCGGUGUUGGCUGAUAAACUACAAGCAGAAAAAUAUGAUGUGCAAGGAAGGCACGAGAUCAGUCCAGGACAUGAUGGCAUGUGGAAUGAUGCUCAGCUACAAGAAAUGGCCCAGCUGAGGAUUAAACAUCAAGAAGAAUUAACUGAAUUACACAAGAAACGUGGGGAGUUAGCUCAGUCGGUGAUCGACCUGAAUAACCAGAUGCAGCAGAAGGACCGGGAGAUGCAGAUGAAUGAAGCAAAAAUUGCUGAAUGUUUGCAAAAAAUCAGCGAGCUGGAAACAGAGUGCCAAGAACUUCGAAAUAAGCUGCAGGACCUCGAAAGAGCCAACCAGACACUCAAGGAUGAAUACGAUGCCCUACAGAUCACCUUUACUGCCUUAGAAGAGAAACUGCGGAAGACCACGGAAGACAACCAAGAGCUGGUCACUCGCUGGAUGGCCGAGAAAGCCCAGGAGGCCAACCGUCUCAACGCAGAAAACGAGAAGGACUCCCGGCGCCGCCAGGCCCGGCUGCAGAAGGAGCUCGCGGAAGCCGCCAAGGAACCAUUGCCCGUAGAACCGGAUGAUGACAUAGAAGUGCUUGUGGAUGAAGCUUCAGACGCGACUGAGGAGACGUCGCCCAUUCGAGCAAUCAGCCGGACAGCCACUAAGCGACUCUCCCAGCCUGCUGGAGGCCUUCUGGACUCUAUCACUAAUAUCUUUGGUCUGUCCGAGUCUCCCCUUUUGGGACACCACCCUUCUUCUGAUGCUGCCAGGAGGCGCUCUGUCUCCUCCCUUCCUGUUCCUCAGGAUAACCCAGAUGCUCAUCCUAGUUCUAAUAAAGAAGUGCAGGUCCCCACGACUGCAGUUUAUGUCUUUGACGCCCACGACGGAGAAGUGAACGCUGUGCAAUUCAGCCCCGGCUCCAGGUUACUCGCCACAGGAGGCAUGGAUCGAAGAGUUAAGCUUUGGGAAGUGUUUGGAGAUAAGUGUGAGGCGAAAGGCUCCCUUUCUGGCAGUAACGCGGGAAUCACCAGCAUUGAAUUUGACAGUGCUGGAUCUUACCUUUUGGCAUCUUCAAAUGAUUUUGCCAGCAGAAUCUGGACUGUGGAUGAUAACCGGUUACGGCACACGCUCACGGGGCACAGUGGAAAAGUUCUUUCUGCCAAGUUCCUGCUGGACAACGCGCGGAUUGUUUCGGGAAGUCACGACCGGACGCUUAAACUCUGGGAUCUGCGCAGUAAAGUCUGUAUAAAAACGGUUUUUGCUGGAUCCAGUUGCAAUGAUAUCGUCUGCACAGAACAGUGUGUAAUGAGUGGACAUUUUGACAAGAAAAUCCGUUUCUGGGACAUACGAUCUGAAAGUAUAAUCCGGGAAUUGGAACUCUUGGGGAAGAUCACAGCCCUUGACUUGAAUCCAGAGAGAACAGAUCUCUUAAGCUGCUCCCGAGAUGAUCUUCUGAAAAUUAUUGACCUACGAGUUAAUGCUGUCAAACAGACCUUCAGUGCUCCAGGAUUCAAGUGUGGCUCUGAUUGGACCCGAGUCGUGUUCAGCCCUGAUGGCGGCUACAUAGCAGCUGGCUCCGCAGAAGGGUCUCUCUACAUCUGGAAUGUGCUCACGGGCAAAGUGGAAAAGGUCCUUUCAAAACAGCACAGUUCUUCGAUUAAUGCGGUGGCGUGGUCGCCUUCUGGCACUCAUGUGGUUAGCGUGGACAAAGGAAACAAAGCUAUCCUGUGGUCUGAGUACUGAGUGGCUGGCACAGGAAAAACGAGACCUCGGGUGCCGCAUCGGGGGGGGCGCUGACCCAGGACAGGAUCGAGGAAGGCUCGUCCUGGAGCUGGCCUCGCGCCGACUUCCCUGCCACGGGCCCCGCUUUGACUUCCCAGAGAAGAGCUCUAGUGACGCGGUGGCCAUUGUUCCUUGGACAGAUUCAGAGGCCUCGGAGACGAAUCCUGAGAAGGUAACCAACGCUGCAGGCGUUUCACCAGGGAUCCGUGUCCUGCCUUUGGUUUGGAGGAAGAACACUACUGGCUUUGACUUUCCAUACCUCAGGGGAUGGAGCACGGCACCGGCUGGGUCCCCUCACGGACAGCAGUGCCAAUUAUCCCAAAUAUCCGUGUUCCUUCUCCUUUAGCACUUUCCCCCGUCCUUGAAAAGUUAGAAUUAUUCUCGGUUCUGGUCUGACCAAGUCCCGUAUUUGGGGGUCCAACAAGUCAGCAAGUUGGCUCAGGCAUUGGGUUAGGAGAAACCUGAGAUGUGGAGGGAGGGGUCCCGACGGGUCCGUCGUGGGCGAGCAGGCGUGAGCGAUCCGGCGGCCUGUGUCUGUUUACAUGUCUCUCGUUCUGGUCUUCUCUAGCCACCCUUCCAAAAAUUCAGCAUUCUGCUUACGCUGCUGCCCAAGGGAGAAUCGGAGUAGGAAGCAGCCUCCUGUGUGUCAGUUUGCCAUAAAUCUUAAGAUUGCAGAUGUCCUGAGAUCUCCGGGGGGGAGGAGGGGCCACUCGACCCCCCAGGACGCUCUGUGCUCCCGUUAAGUUCUGGGGGGCCCACGAGAGGUCGAACCCUUGAAUGUAUUCUCACUCUGGGACUUGGCCCUUCCCCGUGACCCAUCCCCUUCACCAAGCACACGGGCGAUCCCUCUUUGGUGCUUGACGGAAGAGAUCUGAGGAAGCCGCUUCUGCGCCCUCCCCUCCCAGAGCCCGAGACGAGGCAGAGCAGGUUCCGCUCAUCCACACUUUGCCCCAUGCUCCUGUGUAUACAAUUUCAAUUAUGUCAGACGGGCUUCCGAGCCCCUCUUGUUGUCACUGUCUAAUUUGCACUUUAUUUUGCUUCCUUCCUGAACUCCUUCUGUCUCCAGUUUGGGAAGUGUCUCUUAGAGCCGAGUAAAGGCCUUGGGGUCCAGUUGCCUCAUCUGCAAGGGGAGGUGCUGGACUCCGCCACCUCUAAGGUUCCUUCCGGCUCCGAGUCUCCAAUCCUCAGCCAAGGGAAUACUCACCACAUUCUUAUUCUCCGCCCACCCUCCCAUAACCCGGAUCCCAAUUCUUGAUUCAGGCAACCUCUCUGGAAAGGAGUCGGAUGAAAUAGACAGACCUGGACACAUCUUUUAUUUAUUUUAUUAUACUGCCCAGGAGAACUUGAUUGUAAAUAAAUAAAUUCUGCUUUAAAAAUUUCA